AUGUUAUUAUUAUCUAAAAUUUUAACCAACUGGCUAAAACUCCCUGACUUUUCAUGCUUGAACUCAAAUCGUCCACUGUUUCUAUACUUGUACUCCAAGUCUAACCUUUUGAACUCAGAUUUCUCUGAAAUAUUCUCAAAGGAUAAUAAAAUAGUGGAUUCCCUAGAGAAGCAGGGCAUUGAAUGUUAUUCCGAGGAUAUCUCCAGCAUACCCUGUAAACUAAUCGAUAAGUUUGAAGUUACAACAGUUCCAUCGAUUUUGGGUAUUCGGAAUGGCUCUAAGGUAGGCCAGAUAGUUAAAGGCUCAGGCUUAGAGUCGUUUCUCGCACUCAGUAAUAGGUUAAAAAACGAAGAAAACCCAACUGAAAGUGAAUUAGUAACGAACCUGAAGGACCUGAUAUCACACGGGAACCCAAAGGAUAUCCGUGUUAACAUUUCCUUUAUAAAAAACAACUUUGUGAGAGAACUCGAGGUGAAUCCUAACCUGUUCAGAUUAUUUUCACAGGGCUCAAUACUAUCACAUAACAAUAAUGAAUAUUCCCUGGAGACUUUAAAGUCAGAUCUAUCUACUCUUGACAGUUUUCUCAACCAAGUAGAAGAUUCUAAAUCGUCCUAUAUCAUUACAGGCAAAUUGAUUACACAGAUACCACCUGAAAUGGAGCUAUUGGUUGACAAAUAUUAUUCACUAUUAAGUGGUUUUAAGAGAUUAAGUGCUAUUACACGUGGGUUAAAAAAGGUUUAUUUGCUAAAAGUUAAGAUCCUGGAGCUGAUUUCAGUAAAGUAUUUCAUUGAAAAAAAUAUGGAGAAAUCCGUCAAAUUUGCCCUGGAUUCGUAUAAGUUGAACGUUGAUCUGCUCCAACGUGAUAUGAUAACACUGGACGAGUUCCAUUCUUGUGAAACAAAGGAGGUUUUGGAGUCACUGCUUUUCCUGCUGGAUCCUUAUGACCUCUCUUCUUUAGAAACAAGAGCCGAACUUGAAAAUAUACUAGGCCCAAGGCUCCUGAAUGAAAUCCCAGUUAGUAAGAGGCCACUAGGUGGAGUUACAAAGAAACGACGUGGAUUUGGAGGAAGGUAUAUUUGGCAAGGGAUACACUACAGACCUAAACGAUACAAGCCUAAAAACUUAAAACAAUACCUUAACGAGUGGAGAUGUGUACAUGAUUCAAACCCACCAUCAUUUAACUGA